AUGAGCAGCUCGAUUCUCCCACGACUUCAAGAAGGUAGAGCGAAUACAUGUAGUUCAUCUCUUGGCCUGCUGCCACCGCUGGUGAACGAUGCUGGUACCUUGACUAGCAACAACCAGCGAAGUCGACUCAAGCAGCCCAAUCAACGAAAUCUACCAGCAAAAGCUUCUUCAUCUUUGGUGGUCAAGUUCCCAUCACUAGCGAAGCCAAAAUGCAACCAGGAAGAAGAGCAUGGACGCAAAACGCAGCGAGAUUUCGACGAGGAGGACGAGAAACGUCGUAGUUUAUCCAGCAGUCGGACGUCGUCUUCUUCUCGAUCUUCGAUACAAGUGAAGGACAAGAACCGUGAUUUUAUCAAGGAACUGGAAGAGAAGAGACGUAAGGAAAAAGAAGAUCGCGCUCGACUGGAGAGACGCAAAAAGAAGCUUCAUGAAAAAAUGACUCGUAAACUUUUGGAAGGGGCGGGUGUGCGGCAGAAUCAAGCUGCUUCGUCUCCAGAGGUAGACGAUCUCAUUAGCGAGUUGAAGCGUCAGCAAGAGCCACAAGAUGAGAGCGAAGACGACUCUGGAGAGACCGAACGACGCAAGGAGAAGGCGAAGCGACAGAAGCGUUUGCUGAAGAAACAACAGGAGCAUCUGGCAAAAAUCCAAGCCAAGCAGCGCGAGGAACAAGAGCAACAAGAACUGGAAAAGGAGCGCGAGCAGCGCAAGCUCGAGAAAGUGACGCAAACGGUUCUACACAAGAUCCAAGACACUAUCAAUCGAUCAGAAUCAAAGGACGCUGAAGAAACGAAAAGCGAUGCUGAUGAAUCUAAAGAACAGCCUUCAGGCAACCAAAUAGCUGUCGAUGAACAAACGGAGGAGCAGAAACAAAAAGCGAAAGAACAGCGCGACGCACUUCACCGCAAACAGCAGAAAUAUCUCAAGAAAUUGGCCGAUCAACGCAAGCAAAAGGUGAAAGAGGACGAAGAUGCUCGGAUCUUGCAGGAGAAACGCAAACGGAGGGCCCAAAAGGAGGCGCAACAGCGACUGCAAGAAGCAGCAGCGAAGCAACAGGCUCUAGCAGAGGCGAGAGAGAAGGGAGAAGCAGAGGCUGCAGCUGCAGCGGCGGAGAAAGCGGCAAAUGCUGGCCCGCCCGUGGACGUGGACGCGAUGGUCGCUCGACUGAGUAAACUGAAGGACCGUGAUGUUCAAAUUAUUCCUGAAGCUCGAGACUUUGCGUCCUGGAAGAAACGUCACGCCGUCGCACCGGACCAAAAGGUUUUUUGCAUGACUGGGUGGUAUCCUGUCAUUCGGGACGAGCUGGAGAAACGUGGGUGGUAUUACAACCAGGAUAGGGUGUCGCCGUAUUUCGACUUCAAGUGGACUCUAAAGAGCGAUGACUUGAGAGGAGUUAAACUUGAGAAGCACCAGUACGUGAACCAUUUCACCCAGAAUGCAGCCAUCACAACCAAAGUGGGACUUAUUCACAACUUACGAAGUGCUGUGUGGCAUCAUAGCGUGGAUAUCGAUGGGUUUUUCCCUCGUGCUUAUGAUCUAAAUGACCACAUGGACAUGGAUAACUUUAUACAGGACUUUCGUUACGGUGUAGCUGAAGGACUUCUCAAACAAUUAGCGCGACGAGGGUUGCAGCUUCGGAAUAAGUUGCCGGGAGCCGUGUCGAUGGGAGCUAAUGAGGCUUUAGUCGAUGUGGUAUUGGACAUCGCGAGAAAGAAGCUCAAAAGUAAGCGACCCGAGAGCAGCCAUUUAGAGUGUGUAGGGCACAUCGAUCCUCUUGAAGAAAGUGUGGAUAAUCCACUAUCUACUGGUGUGGACGAACUGGUGACAGAUCUCCAAUGGGGAGUGCUGACGAAUUGUUCAUUGGACCAACCGGGCCGACUUCGGGCUUCACUAGUGUACAAAAAGAAGGUAUACGCAGAAGAUAAAGAUGUUGCUAGUGAAGGGAAAAGUUUUGAUACAGCGAUAUCGGCUCAAGAGAAGCGCUUGCAACGACAGGCUGAAAGAAUGCACGCGAACGCGUUCAAUCGGGAGAAAGCUCGCCUUAGUGAUCUCAUAACGCACGUUUCACUCGUACGUGACGGAGCGUUUAACGAGGCAAUCCGACUGGCCCAAGAGCUCGAGAAGGUGUGUCCUCAGUUCCACAUUAACGGUGGUGCUGAGUUUAUGCUGCCAGAGCCUCAUCCUGCUGCUGCUACUAGUACGGGUCAGAAUGUGUGGAUAGUCAAGCCUGCAGGAAUGUCACGAGGACGUGGCAUUCGCGUGUUCAAUGACCUGGAUCAAUUGCUGGGAUAUGUCGAUGUGGAAAACCACAAAGAGUGUCAAUGGGUAGCACAAAAGUACAUUGAGAACCCGUUGCUGCUGUGUAAGCGCAAAUUCGAUGUCCGACAGUGGGUGCUCGUAACUGGGUGGGAUCCGCUAACGGUUUGGUUCAAUGAGGACUGCUAUCUACGCUUCUCGUCGGAGGAAUACUCUAUGGACGAUCUGAGCGACCAGUAUGUACACUUGACUAACAACUCGAUCCAAAAGUACAGCGACAAGUUCAACGACGUGUACGCGACGGACGAUGGCGAGAUGCAGGUGGAGGGUAAUAUGUGGCACUCAGACGACUAUAAGAAGUUCCUGGCGACGAAAUUAGGUAAACCCGACGUCUGGGACUCGUAUAUGCACCCACGCAUGAAGGAGAUAGUCGUACAGUCAUUGCAGUGCGUACAGGAUAUGGUGAACCAUCGCAACAACAGCUGCGAGCUGUACGGAUACGACUUCAUGGUGGACGAGAACCUCACACCGUGGCUGAUCGAAGUCAACAGCUCGCCGGCCUGCGACUACAGUACGCCUAUCGCUCAGCGCUACGUGGAGUCUGGCUUGUCCGGCGUCAUCAAGGUGGUGGUCGAUUAUCGAGAGUACGAACAGAAAAAGCGGAGUGGCAAUGCUGCUGGCUUAGAGGAGCCGGAUACGGGCUGCUGGCAACGUAUCCACAAGGCCGAGUUCGUUGGCAAACCCAUGUCGUCGUUUGCUGUGGAUUUCCAAGUGAAGGGCGCGAAGAUGCAACGCACUCGUCGAAGCGCCAAGCUAUACAAUGGUAAACCAAGUACCAGGAUGGCUACAGACGUGAUACCUGAGGGUGCAGACGCAGACAGCGGAGGAAGUGAUGUGGACGCGGCUGUGACGGGGCGUGUGCUGGAAGAUCGCGGUGGAGACGACGAGGAUGUCGAGCAAGAAGAGAGCGACGGCCAAGAUGAAGGCGACGAUGAAGAGCAAGCACAGAGCUGCUGUGUGGACAACGUUGGGGACGGAUCAAAGGCACAGGUGACCAGGGAGACACUGGCGGACGAUAUUGACCCGCUAUUGUAGACAGGUGACGUCACAGGAGACGGGACGCUUUUUUAAUCGCUUCAGUUCGCGACGUCGUCGCUGGUCCCUCGCAAGUUGCGACUUUCCUCGUUGUUCUGCAAGCCAUCGCUUGUUUACGACGGGAAGCAGAAACAAGGGCAUCUUCACGGUCUGGAGAACGCUGCGAUUUGCUGUAGAUGAAUGAAUGUGGCUAGAGAGGCUAAUAGUGUGCAUGUAGAGAGAGUUUUGAACUGCACGAUUUCUACGGCACACAGCACACGGCAGUUCUUGCCGUUUGCUUCAUACAUGACAUGUAAUCUACUCAACUCAAUGUCGAUC